CCUCUCUCUUUUCUGUCCUCGCGGGCCAUCCCCCUUCCCUCCCCCUCCCCUCGCUGCUACCCAACGUCAUCGCGAUCCUGUGCUCCGCCCGUCCUCAGAUCAUCCGUUGCGCACCGUCAACAUGGCGGGGUGGUUUUCUUCAACGUCGCCCAUCGACGAACAGGUGGAAAGGGCCACCGGGUCUUCUUUGGAAGACAUCCCUCUCAACCUAGAAAUUUCCGACCUGAUUCGAUCGAAGGGGGUACAGCCCAAGGAUGCGAUGAGAUCCUUGAAACGCCGACUAGAGAACAAGAAUCCUAACAUACAACUGGCAACGUUGAAGUUGACUGAUACGUGCGUGAAGAAUGGCGGCACCCAUUUCUUGGCAGAAAUCGCGUCGCGCGAGUUCAUGGACAAUCUCGUCUCGCUCCUCAAGACCGAAGGGGCUCCGUUGAAUUCGGACGUGAAGUCGAAGAUGCUGGAGCUGAUACAGGACUGGGCCAUGGCGGCUCAAGGCCGUAUGGACCUGAGUUACGUCGGAGAGACCUAUCGACGCCUGCAGGAUGAGGGCUUCCGCUUCCCUCCGAAGACCCAAAUCAGCGGGAGCAUGUUGGAGAGCAGCGCGCCUCCUGAGUGGAUUGACUCCGACGUUUGCAUGCGCUGCCGCACCCCCUUUAGCUUUAUGAACCGCAAGCACCACUGCCGCAAUUGCGGAAAUGUCUUCGAUGCGCAGUGCUCUAGCAAAACCCUCCCCUUGCCUCACCUCGGAAUACUACAGCCUGUUCGAGUGGACGAUGGAUGCUACGCCAAGUUGACUUCGAAGCCGUUCCCCCCGACCGGGCUUUCGGACCGGUCCGCAUUCAAAAACAACUCGAUUACCAAGUCCAGCGUGAUGGAGCCCCGAGGGGCUAGAGCAGAGGGUGGCUUUGAUGACGAUCUGCGUCGGGCAUUGCAGAUGAGCUUAGAGGAGGCGCAGAAUAAGGGCUCAGCUGGUUAUAUCCCCCAAAGCCGACCGGCCCAGGAGCCUCCCAAGGCACCCACUCGAGCCAGUAUCGAGGAAGAUGAGGACGCGGACCUGAAAGCUGCGAUUGAAGCAUCUCUACGCGACAUGGAACAACAUAAACAAAAGCAUGCAGCCGCUUUGAAGAACACAACGUCCUCAGAUACCUCGUCCCAUCAGACCCCCAGUGCGACCCCGUUACCCAAGAACCCGUAUGAGCUCAGCCCGGUUGAGGUCGAGAACAUUCACCUUUUCGCCGCUCUCGUGGAUCGGCUACAACACCAGCCCCCGGGGACUAUACUACGCGAACCUCAAAUCCAAGAAUUGUAUGAGAGCAUCGGCGCCCUUCGUCCAAAGCUGGCGCGGAGCUAUGGAGAGACUAUGAGCAAGCACGAUACACUCCUUGACCUACAUGCCAAACUGUCGACAGUUGUCCGAUACUACGAUCGCAUGCUCGAGGAACGUCUAUCCAGCGCAUACUCGCAACAUUCGCUCGGUUAUGGCCCGGUCCCUGGUGGUUCGCCAUACCCGAACAUCUACCCUUCGAUGCCUGCUCCCGCGCCUGAUGGGAAGACUGGAUCGGAAGGCUACUAUUACGGCAACCCGGUGGCCGAGACCUACCAAAGCUCAAGCACACCUUAUUCGCAACCCCAGCCCGAAAGGGAACCGCACGACAGAGUCGGCUCACACGCUGGCACUAUGAGCCCUGGCGCAUACCCGCAUCCCUCCCAGGCCAUCCCACCCACCGCGCCCUGGAACGGGAGCACCCAUGCCGUUGCGUCUCCGCAGCCUUCAAGUGCCGGCCUGGCCUACCCCAGCAACCCUUCGGCCUACCCCGGGUCUGCCGCCCCCGCACAAUACUACACCGCUCCCCCGCCCCUGGAGCAGGACACCAAACCCGUUCAGCAAGCCCGACAGUUCGAAUCCGACACGCCUUACCAGACCUCGCCUGUCAUGCAGCGCAGCUCACAAUAUGAACCGUCCGCACCGGACCUCGCCCCCACGGAGCCGUUGCCAGCCCCCGGCUACAUGCAUCUGGCGGAACCUCCGGCGAUGCAACCCAACGGCCAACCUGCGCUCCAGCAUCAGCCGACCGACCCAUCCACCGCAUCGUUCUAUGCCCCACAUCAGCCUCCACAGGGACCUUCCUUCCCGCCCUAUCCGCAGGGCACCCCCGUCCACCCCAGUCACCACGUUGGGGACGUAUCUCCCGUGGGCAUGCCGGCGCCCCCUCAGCAGUAUCAGCAACCGGCGCCUUCCCGGCCCGCCGUGGAAGAAAGCCUGAUCGAGCUGUAGGGGCCGGGGAAUGUGGCCUGGCCUGGCCGUAGCCUAGUACAGCAAGGAGUCUCGUGGGUAGCAUGGCUUGGUUUUCCGUCCCUAAUGCUUUCUUAUGCUUUCUUUCUUAUAUACUACUGUUUUGUCACCAUGAUACCAAACGGAUUGGUUGUUUGCAGGCCCCGAAAUUGAAUGUACA